AUGGGCUGAUUGAAGAGAAAGAGGCUGUUGAUUCAUUGGAUGGACUAAGUGAACCUUAGGUUCAUGACUAUAUUGACAGCUUGUGAAUGAGAUGAAUGCAUAGGACAUGUUCAGCCUGCCUUUUGAGGCAACGCUUAGCAAUUACUAUGUGAAAAGGUAAUGAUUUUUUAGUCCUUCUUUUUGCCUUUUGGCCCUGACUGUAACUCUACCUUUGCCUCUUAGUUUAUCGUUUUGCUAUAUAUGUGCUACAAAUGUGAGCAUGAAUCCUUAAACAGCAUCACAUGUAUACACUAUACACUCAUCCAGCCCAUGUCUGCAACGGCAUAUCUUCAGCAUAACUAUUCACUGGGAACACGCACUGCACUGCAAAAGCUCUGAUGUGUCAAAAUAGCUAGCUUUCAGAAUGGGCUCAGACACCGAUGACAUGAGCCCAUUCUGAAAGCUAACUAUGCUUGACUCAUCGCCAUAGUUAUGCUCUCUGCGUAUUGCUACUGUCAGCAAAUGCGAGAAUCAAAAAGAAAAAAAUGUCGCAAGGUUGAAAUUAUAUUGCACGAUCUCUUCAUCUUUGCACUCAAUUUCUGGUUUCUCAAGAGUUCUUUGCACAAUAUAUACUCGGGAGUUGUCUUCAUAGCUUUGUUUACUAAGAAGUUUCAGCUAUUUUUUGGUUAAACGAACUGUAAAGUGUCUCGUUUGAUUACAGUUCUUACUAAGCAUACAUAAGCAAGAUUAAUUUGUUUGACUGAUAGACUUGCAGUCCCUCAUGAACUGAAUAUCAUAUACUUUGGUAUAUUGUAUCUUUGACCAAUAAAAGAACCGGCGACUGCUCUGCAUCCGUGGGAUAAACUCGUUUAUAACGCAUGGUGAAACGUGGAGGCUCGUUGUUGCAUUUAUGAAGUGCAUCCAGGUCCAGAUUUGGUUCUUGAUACGUUUGCGAAUUCUUUUUUCCAAUUUAAACACGUUAGAUUGCCUUUCCCCUCAUUCUUGUUCUUUCCGCUUAUAAAAGUCGCUUUGCGUGUAUUUUACAUGCGAUUAAGUCUCUCGUCUUCUCUACUUCUACGAGGCUUCUGACUAUAAGCAUUAAUUUUAUUGUCAAUCAUGAAAGGCGAAGAGAAUUUUCGUAUGGAAAAUACUGAAGAAUCAGAGAGAUUCUCAAAGGAUAUUUGUGUUUUGCUAUUAGACAGCGAUGCAACAUGUCUGGCGAAUCUGUCAGAGAUGAUACGCAAAUGCGGAUAUAGAGUUGUGGCUACUACAAGAGCUGAGGAUUUGCCGCUUAUCAUCAAUAACAAAGAUAAAAAGAUUGAUCUUGUACUGGCAGAUUUCCGCUUGAUUGAGAUGAACAAGUAUGAACUUCUUGAGAAAAUCAGGUUGAUUUGUGAGAUUCCGGUUGUUGUUUCGGAUGCAUAUGUGAAAGAUGCCAUUGUGGAAUGUCUGUGCAGAGGUGCCAAAUUGUGUCUGGAGAAGCCGUUUAAGGAGAAUGACUUAAAACUUCUGUGGCAGUUUACAGUCAGGAGACAGCGAGACUUUCUUAGUCAAAUUGACAUCAACCCACCUGAGAAAAAUGAUUCAAUCACCAACAAUCAAUCUCUUGGAGAUGAGCUUAAGAAAAAUAACGAAGUUGAAACAGAAGAUCUUGAUAAGUUCAAAGAUGAACUCAGACAAGGUAGCAAAAGAAAGGAAAGAGCGGAUAAAGAUACUGGAGAACAUACAGAGAAGAAGAAUGGCUCUGAUUUGGGAGACCAAAAGAAGCUAAAACUUAUUUCUGCAGAUGCCUUACAAACCAAAACUUUAGAAGCUGUCCCAAAUAUAGAAGAAGCCAACAAUGAAAGAAAGGAACCAACAGAGAUAAAGAAGAAUGGAGAAGGUAGUGAGAAGAAGAGCCCAGAACUGGUUUGUAUGGAGGAGGAACUUCAAAAUUGGUCCGCUCAACCAUUGAUUGAUUUAACUGCUUCUGUGGAAAAUGAAUUCGAAGACCAAGAUUUUCUGCCUUUGGAGAGCGAUGGGGAGUCUGUGGGACCUCAUGAGAUUCCAUUGAGUCCGCAAGAGUCCUCAAACAAUAAUGUUGGUGCUCAGCAACAAAUGCCGACACAUGAAGCAUUAGAUGAAGAAGUGAUGCAGGAUGGAAUCAGCCUCUCUGACCUCGAAUUUGAUCUGCAGGAGGAGGGACAGGGCUCAAAUAAGGAGCUUUUCGAUAAGAUCUUCACCGAUCUCGCCAAAGAGCUUAAACCUUAAAUUACAAAGCUCUGCAUUGCUCUGUCUGUCUCCUGAAUUAUGAGAAUGAGAUGUUUGUCUUUGGUUUUUAAUUUAGUGUUUCUCGCGUCUUAUGUUUGAACUUGAACUAGAACUUGUGUUUUUCUUCAGUUAUCUCUUUUAUAUGUCUUCAGUCAAAUUGACUUUACUGGUUUCUU